UCACCCUUCAUCCUAAGGCUGGUGACAAAUGGUGUAUCUAUGAUUAUGCCCACUGUACUGUUGAUUCACUUGAUAAUAUAAUGCAUCCGAUACGCUUUCUCAAUUACGUAAAUCAAUGUUGUCUUCGCUGAGGACAAUGAAACAGCUUGUGAGAUUCAUGCAGAAUAUGACCCUAAGAAAAAGUCAAAGCCAAAGGGGUUCUACACUGGGUAGCUGAAUCUUCCCCAUAUAAGUUGAAGUUUGGAUAUUUGAGAACUCUUUAAGUCCGAGUUUAUGGUGCUUUUGCUGUAUCAACCCUUAAAGAUGAUGCGGCCAGGGACAAAUCCAAUUAGAGACUAGGUAUUUCCAGUUUCAAGAUCAUAAAAAAAGUUUGCGUUUCUAGAUUAGCACAUAGUGUGUUUUUAUUGUUUUGUUCUCUAUGUUUCAAUGCUUGUGUAUUAUAAGGUCUCUAACUCUCUUUUCUUUAUAAUUUUCUGCAUCUUAAAUAUCUAUUUUGUAUAGAGUCUCUUGUAGAUAUUUGUUGUGAUAUAUAUGUGCUUCUAUAGAUUAUGAUUGUAGUUCCUUAAAUUAUGAAAGUAUUUGUUUUGUCUUAUGCUCUAAACCUUUGGUGAUUGUUUUAAGACCAUAAAAAAAGUUUGUGUUUCUAGAUGAGCACAUAGUUUGUUUUUAUUGUUUCAUUCUCUAUGUUUCAAUGCUUGUGUAUUAUAAGGUCUCUUACUCUCUUUUCUUUAUAAUGUUCUGCAUCUUAAAUAUCUAUUUUAUUCUAUAUAAUGAAUGCAUCUUAGAGUCUCUUGUAGAUAUUUGUUGUGAUAUAUAUGUGCUUCUAUAGAUUAUGAUUGUAGUUCUUUAAAUUAUGAAAGUAUUUGUUUUGUGUUAUGCUCUAAACCUUUGGUGAUUGUUUUAAACAUGUGAUCCUAGAAUUUUGUACCACACUUUGAGAAAAGGUUUGAGUGUAUAUAUACAUUGUGUGUUUUAAGUAUUGGAACAUUACAUCGUGUGCUUAAUAAAAUACUUAGUAUCUCUGUUUUGGUGAUUGAAUGUGUAAGAAAUAUUUUCAUUUUGUGAAAUAGAUGCAUCUUGAGGUCUCCUGUAGACACAUAUUUUUAAAUGUAUGUGGUAGUACUGCACAUUCUGGUAAUAAUAUUAUUGAAUCUCGAAUGUAUUUGUUUUGGGUUAUGUUCUAACAUGUGAAGUGACAUUCUUAAAUUUUGGAUUAUACACUGAUUACUAUGUUAGAUUUUACCACUUGUACUUAUUGGCUUGAUUUUUUUACAAUGUAAUGAUUGUAAUAUCUCUGUUAUUGCACUAGUACUAUCAAUCUGUUGGUCUCUUAGUCUUACAAAAUCGAUGGAACUUGGAACUCUAUUGGAUCAGAGGUUAUUUAGUUAAAGUAUGCAAUGAAUAUCUCUUGUUUUAUAUAUCAUAGAAUAUUUUGUUUUCUGAAAUGGAUUCAUGUGCGUAUUCGUUAUGAACGUAGUUGAGACUCAUACAAAUUACGCUAGUAUUUUACUUGAAUCAUGAAUGAAUUUGUUUCAUAUUUCUUGAUUCUUUAUUAGUUAGCAAUUAAUAUAGUUGUAUAGUUUUGUAUGGUGGAAAGUGGGAACUCACUCCCACCAUAUUUUUUCCAAAUGAGAUUGUGAUAUGUAUAAAUCAAUUAUUCAGUUUUAAAGAUUGGAGAUUUCUCCCUUCAUGGAUUAAAAGUCCAAUAGAGACAUUAAAAUAUCUUGCAUAUGAAAAAGUAUCUAAGUAUUACGUAUAAAUUUAGACAAAUAAACAAACAAAAAAAUGAAUGUACUUCCAAUUAUUGUAAGAAAAAACCCUAGUUUUUCGCCCAAAACCUGAGUAUCGCGGCGCCGCUAUCUCCAAUUUCCUCCGACGCCGGUGGGGUUCCUACUCGCCGGCGUCGGGGCACCUCGACCCCAGAUCCCGUCUCUUGUUCCCUUUGUUUCUGUAGUUCUCCUUGUAGUUCUUCUCUCCAAUUCUUUUUUCCCCUUUUGAGUCUCCUUUUGCAAUCUACUCAAUUCCCUAAUAAUCACUCAGAUCCAGGCAAAGGCUUACACAACAACAACUUCAGAAGGCGGAGGAGACUGUUAAACUCUCCUUGCUGCAACCACGACUCAGCCUCACUGCCGGCGGUAACCAAGUUCCUUUAUCCUCUUAUUUCUAGAUCCGGAAUGGCAAUCACCUCUGUAGCACUAUCUACCCCAAUGUCACCCGAGCCUUGGCAGGCAGAGACGGAGACGACAUAUGGCGAAGAAAUCUCCAGAGACAUGAUUUUUCUCCGUUACAGGACCACCGCCUUAAUCACAAGUCAACCCAUGAGCUUGGUAGAUCUGUAUCGGCUUUUACCGGAGACGAGGAAGCCUCUCCCACUCUCCUUGGUCAGUCGCUGCGCACAUGAAUGUAUUCACUCAUCCACAACAUCUUUUUGGUGGAUGAACUAUGUCGACUUCUCAGUCUUACAAACGAUCUUGCCCAACCUCCAAAAGCCCAGGUUCCCUCUGUCUAACCUCCUGUUAUACUUUCGACUGAUCUUAGUUUACUUGGCUAUUCUCGGUGUCCGAAGACUGCAUCAGAGAACCCUUGUAGCUAGGUUGUCUUGGUUGUACAAAGGUUAUGUUGGAACCAUGGUUAUUGCUCCACUUGUGUUUUUAUUGAUUGGAUCUCAGACCUACCAAGGUGUCUUUCAACCCCAGAAACCUCUCCUGGUUCUGAAGCUCAGGUCUGUUUUUCUCUUGUCAGUGUUUUGCCAACUACAAAGCUUGUGUGGAAUUCUUGAUCACCAUUAUCAUGGCAGAGAGGAUCCACCGGUUUUGUCUUGGCUUCCCACUUAUCCUCUGCACCUGUUCUUAGCUUCUUCGGUGAAUGUCUCAAAACCCAAUACCCUGCAACCAUCCUCUUGUCCGAAGCUCAGGUCUAUGUAUUACUCGUCAGUGUCUCACCUUUUACUAACCUUGUGUGGUAUUCUUGAUCACCAUUUCCAUGGCAGAGAGGGACCACCUGGUAUGGUAUGGCUUUGCACUUAUUCUUGUCGAAUCCUGAUGCUAGCUGCAGUUCAAACCACCAUCAGCUUAUCAACCAUCACCCGGUUGGCCAAAAGGAAUUCUUAUGUUGAAGGCCAAAAGGAAUUUUAG